UGUUUAGGCGUUGCCACACAGUCAGGAACAUAACACAGUAACAAUUUUUGUUAUCAAGCUGAUAUUUUGUUUGAAAUCGUGUUUUCAAAGCAAUUAUUUUGAAAUUGCAUAAAAUCUUCAAUUGUCUUUCAUUCAUUGGAAUAGCAUGAAUAUGGAUAUUAAACGCGCAUCACAUAAAACGGGCUUGGGAGAUGGUCCGGAAGCAAAGCGCGCCAUGGAAGAGCAACAACAACAAGAAGAUCAGGAGCAGGAUAAGGAAACAAAUUAUAUGCAGCUACACGCAGACUGUGAUAGCAUCCACGCUGAUCGGGGCAGCGUAACCCUGUCGCCCAGCAACCAUGUAGCGCCUUUCACCGGCAAUGGCUGUGAGCCUUCACUGGAAUCUUUUAUGUUUCACCAGACGCCUGCAGGCAGUCAGCUGUGCUCAUGGAUGUCGAACGCCGACUCAAGAACUUUGGGCAACGAUUCUGUACCACCAUCAGAAGUCGAUAAAGAUACUAAAACAAUGGAAAAGUCUGCCAAACUUAAUCGCAAGGAACAAUCAGAGAUGCGUCGUCAGAAUGCGCUACGUGCAUUGGCCUUAGAGCGUGAGCUGUCCACGAAAGUACCACAGACACCAACAUUGAUCAUACGCUUUCCGGAUCCCAAGAUAAAUGUCGCCAUAGUCAGUGAAUUCUCACAAUCUAUACGGGAUGUAGUCUUUCCGACGAAUGUGGCAGAACGCUAUUGUCUGGUGCAUCUAAAACCAGGCGCCAACAUCGAACAGGCAAUAAAGGAGAUAAAUCGUAUACGUUUUGGCAAUGGACAUUUGCAUGCUGAGGUUAAGACUUUUACCGAUGCGGAGCAGGCCGACUGUAUUGAUCCUUGCUCGCUAUAUGUGAGCAAUAUACCCUUCAAUAUGAAUGCCGCUGAUAUUAAAGCAUUUGUGAAUUCAACGCGCGUGGACAUUGGCGUCAUGAAACGCCAAAAACGCGCACGCUUCGCAUUUGUACGCUAUUCCAGCGCUGAGACGGCAAUGGAGGCAUUCAAGGAUCUAGUGCGCCGCACUGUCAACAAUCGUGUCCUUACCGUGCGCUAUAGACGCCAACGCAAGCGCUUGCCACAGGUGGCGCCUUCACUGUGUGGCAACUCCAAUUUGACCAUCAACACAAUUCCUUCAGAUGAUGAGACAGCUGAAUGCCGCGUUAUAUCACCGCCACCCGUGGAAUCGAUUACCAUUAUUGACAGCGAUGACAAUGACUCCGAUUCGAGCCAAAGUAGGAGUCCGCAGGCUAAGAAAAAGCGUGAAACCAAAUUAAGCGCCAGUGAUAAAGAGAUUGAAAAGCUGAAAAUGAAAAUGGCUCAACACGAAGCGAUCAUAAAGAGUUUACAGAUGAGACAGAACAGCGUAGUCAAUACAGCGAUUAAAGUCGAACCACAAUCGGAACGAACCACAGACAUGUCCUCAUUGAUGCAACACUCCCUUUCCCCCUGUUCCAGCUACGAUAUCAAAAUGGAAAAUGAAUAUUUAGGCAUUGCUCAGAGCACGCCAGAACCGGAACACGAAUCAAUGCCCGAGGCCGACAAUCAAUUAUCUCCACCCUAUAGGCCAACUACUUGCGCAAUUGACGGCAGCGAGGAUCCAAUCAAGUCAUCCAAUUGUUUUGGCUGGUUGAUUACAGGUCUCGGACGCCGCAAAAGUACAAAAUCUGUAACGCACUCGAUAAAUAUAAAUUCAGGAAAUCAGGGUCCAAAGGACGCCAAUUUGGAAGGGCUUUAUGCGCAGCUUGAGAAAGAUUUGGAUACAUAAGCAUAGGACAUAGGACAUUUGUAUAAGCAAAGUGUUGUUCCUCAAAAUUGUGCGUAUGAAGCUACAAAGGUGUAAAUUUCUUUUUUACAUUUAGUAUUUAUUUUUAUUUAAUGUUUUUCGAUCACUUUUAGAGUACAAUUUUAUAAAAUUGUUACAAUAAUAAUACGUAAAUUAAAUACAAUAAUAAUAAUA